AUGGCUUCCCAGAAGAUAGGCAUGUCACCUUUGCCACCCAUUCUUUCGGUUUAUGACAAAACUGGCCUGCUCGAUCUCGCGAAAGGCUUGAUCAAGCAGAAUGUUCGCCUUCUCGCUUCUGGUGGCACGGCGAAAAUGAUCCGAGAGGCUGGGUUCGAUGUUGAAGAUGUCUCUGCUAUCACAAAAGCACCCGAAAUGCUCUCCGGCCGAGUCAAGACCCUUCAUCCGGCCGUCCAUGCAGGGAUCUUGGCUCGAGAUCUCGCUUCGGACGAGAAAGAUCUCGCUGACCAGAACAUCAACAAAGUCGACUUUGUCGUCUGCAACCUGUACCCGUUCAAGGACACUGUUGCUAAGAUCAACGUGACCAUCCCUGAAGCCGUAGAAGAAAUCGAUAUUGGAGGAGUCACUCUUAUCAGAGCAGCAGCCAAGAACCACGCUCGGGUAACCAUUCUGAGUGAUCCCGAAGAUUACCACCAUUUUCUUCAGGAAUUGGAUAAAGGCGACAUCCCUGAGGAGAGUCGCCAAAGAUAUGCUCUGAAAGCUUUCGAACAUACUGCCGAUUACGACGCCGCCAUCUCUGACUUCUUCCGUAAACAAUAUGCCGGGAAUGGCGUGCAACAGAUCUCCCUGCGAUACGGCGCAAACCCUCACCAGAAACCUGCAGCUGCAUUCGUGCGCAAUGGGAAGUUGCCCUUCACAGUCUUGGGUGGCUCGCCCGGUUACAUCAAUCUUCUCGAUUGUCUGAAUGCCUGGCCCCUGGUGAAAGAACUCAAGCAAGCCCUAGGGCUUCCAGCUGCUGCAAGUUUCAAGCACGUCUCUCCUGCAGGUGCCGCUAUCGCGGUACCCUUGAAUGAGAAGGAGCGACGAGUCUACAUGGUCGACGAUAUCGAAGGGAUCGAGAGUUCCGGUCUGGCGCAAGCAUACGCUCGAGCACGGGGUGCGGAUCGAAUGUCGAGCUUCGGCGACGUGAUUGCUCUAUCCGAUAAAUGCGACGUUCCCACCGCGAAGAUCAUCUCCCGGGAAGUUUCCGACGGCGUUAUUGCGCCAGGCUAUGAGCCGGCAGCCCUCGAGAUCCUCAGGAAAAAGAAGGCGGGUAAAUACCUGGUACUCCAAAUGGAAGAGGACUACGAACCUCCGGCGCAAGAAACACGCACCGUGUACGGUGUCCAAUUAACGCAAGGGCGGAACGACGUCAAAAUCUCGCCCAUCGACACAUUCAACUCCAUUAUCCGGCCGAAAGAUUCUCCAAAACUGUCGCCCUCGGCGCUGCGCGACCUUACCGUCGCGACCAUUGCGGUGAAAUACACCCAGUCAAACUCUGUCUGCUACGCGUUAAACGGGCAAGUCAUUGGUCUCGGUGCUGGGCAACAGAGUCGCAUUCACUGCACGCGAUUAGCAGGCGACAAGGCCGACAACUGGUGGAUGCGAUUCCAUGAACGCACGCUGUCGAUAGAGUGGGCUAAGGGUGUCAAGCGGUCGGAGAAGUCCAAUGCCAUCGACAUGCUGUGCUCUGGACAGGUCCCGCCUCAGAGCGAGUUCGAGACCAAGGAUUAUGAGAGCAAUUUUGCACAAGGGUGCGUGCCGAAGCCUUUUUCACCUGAAGAGAGACGGCAAUGGUUGGACAAACUCGGCGAGGUCGCGGUCUCAAGUGAUGCUUUUUUUCCCUUCGUGGAUAACGUAUACCGGGCCGCCCGAAGUGGCGUGAAAUACAUUGCCGCCCCGACUGGCUCACAGAACGACGGCGCUGUAUUUGACACGGCGGAAAAUCUGGGGAUCACGUUCAUCGAGCAGAGCACGAGACUGUUUCAUCACUGA